AUGGAUCUCGUACAAACAGUGCGCAAAGAAGGCAGCCGCGGCGGUCGCGCCGACUUCAAAUGGGAAGAUGUCAAGAACGAUGCACAACGCGAAAACUACCUGGGCCACUCGCUCAUGGCUCCAGUCGGCCGCUGGCAGCAAGGACGCGACCUGAACUGGUACGCAAAAGGCGACGAAGAAUCAAAGGAAGCCGAGGCAGCGCGCAUCAAAGAAGAGAAGCGCAAACUCAAGGAGGCCGAAGAAGACGCGAUGCUAGCUGCAAUGGGCCUACCAGUUCCGGUACGCAACAACGCAAAUUUGACGCCACUGGGCGAAAAGGCACACCAGGCAGACGUCAAAGACACGUUAGACGAGAAAGUCAAGGUGGCAGAAGAUGACGACAAGGCGAAGAGGAGGGAGAAGAAGGAGCGUUCACGGAGACACAGAGACGACGACGGAGAGCGAAGAAGACGUCAUCGAUCACCGAGUCGUUCGCGAGACAGAGAGCGAAGACACAGGCACCGAGAUCGUUCACGGUCGCGCGACAGGCGGAGGGACGAUGGUCGCGAUGAUAGACGCAGACACCGAUCACGAAGCCGCGACCACAAGCGAAGAGACGAUCAUGCAGAGCGCAGGCGCGAACGCGACAUCGAUGCGAAACGCUCAAGGUCACUUUCGAGAGACCGCAGACGUCGAAAGGACACGAGGAGCAGGUCACCACACGAGAGGAGCGAGAGGAGAAGGGAUUGA